AUGGAUUCAAUAACAAUUAUCUUGAUAAUUAAUAUCAUUAUUUAGAAAAAAUUUAAUCAUACAGCCUCCCUCAGUAAAUCAGCUAGUUUGGAUUUAAACAAUAGUUGCAAAUGUUCAGAAUUGAUCUAUUCUACUAAUUGCUACAAUGGCUUUUCUGAUUGUUCUUGGAAUACUCAUAAAAAAUAGUGUGUUGACAUGGCCUGUUCUGAUAUCGAACAUUGUAUUUAGUCAUCGAAUCGAAGUUAUUGGCUCAAUAAGUAAUGUCAUGAUUUUACAUUCUGUAAAGCCAUUCCAGGAAAAGAUCAAUCUGAAUGCAUUGCAGCCAAUAUCUACUUUCCUGCUUAAAAUGGAAUUAAUUGUUUGUCCAUGGAAUAUCUAUAGAAGUGUUCAGAUACAAAGGAUCCAGACAUUUGUAAUAAUUAUUUUUCUCCACAGGGUAAGCAUAUAAUCUUGUAAGGAAUUGUGGUCUAAUAAAACUAAAUCUUGUUUGCUAUUUCGAUGCUCAAUCCUACAUGUGUAAAGAUAUGA